AUGACUAUCAUCCAGAAGAGUGCGCAUAAUGCGGCCACUAGCCAGGCCAUGGGUCUCGUGGGUCGUGAAGUGGGGCCCCUCAGGAAUGGGAAAGUGGUUUUGGUGGGUGCUGAGGUGGCGGAGGCCUUGGGGCAAUUGAGGGCUGUGGUGGUGCUGAGGUGGCGGAGGCCUUGGACGAUGAGGUGGCGGUGUUCGUUGUCGGGAGAAGUCGAUGACGGGGUCAUUGUUAGUGUGGCGAGGAAGGAAGUGAGGAACCUUAUGGACAUUUUAUCUAGGUUAAGCCGUCGGGUUUCCUGCCCGAGUCUCCUAGACCAGUUUCCCGUACUCGUUACUCGAGACCGCUGA